AUGCUCGCUCUUCGAAUUCCAACUGAUGGAUCUGAGGUCCACCUGGUCUCCGUUGACAUUAAGGACAGGCCGCAGGACGAUGGAAGUGCAGACUUCUUUGACGAUGUCGCGGACCUCAGUCCAUGGCUCGGGGAUGCGUUCAAAUACCGUCGUGUAGCUGAUUUCUACGUCAAAAACGUUGAAGAUCUGAGCGCACAAUUUCCACGCCUUGUCAGAGACGACGACACCGCACUUCACGGCCGAUACCUCCUAUACUACACGAUCCUCCCUACUCUACCAGUCAACAAAUGCUGCGCGAAUUACAUUGGGUUCGAUCCUCCAGCAGAUAGACUUUUCUGGAGAGGAGAUCUAUUCGUCGUCCGGUACGAGGGCGAGCUCGGGAUGGGCCAUGAAUAUGUGGAUGUACCUUUGACGUUGACACGGAUCAUCAAAGACAUUAUAAGAAGUGCAUACCAGCGACGAGCGUUGGAAAGUAUAGUAGAGGAUGAUGCUGAAUUCGAACGCAUCAUGCAACGAGACCGUGAGCGGCGUCCUUGGUUUCAUGCCGCAGUCGAGACAGGCGCCCUGGAACGGUUUCGAACGGGGCAACCGUUGAGCGACGGCGAUAUCCUUCUCCUGAGACAGAUGUCGGGUACUGUCCAGUGGCCAAAUGGUGACUCAGAGUCGCUGCCGCCUGCAACUUGA